UUAUACUGCUCUGAAAAGCGGAAACUGUUGGUUGAGUUUGCAGCAGUAAAUUACUGUAAACAACCUAAUUUUCAGCCUCUGAGGAGGAAAUGGCUACAGGGGGAUAUCAUGGAAAACCACUGGAUACGGAAGAGGACUUACAGUGCCCUGUCUGUUUGGAAAUUUUCGAAAAUCCCAUCUCUAUUCCUUGCGGACACACUUUUUGCAGUGAUUGCUUGAGUUCAGUUGAAAAUCUUUCUGGAUCAUCCACAUGUCCUGUUUGUCGGGAUAAUUUCAACUUUAAUGAGAAAAGAAGAGCAAGAGACAUUGACCGGCAGAUUCGUCACAGUACAGGAACCUGUUCUAGUUGUAACAGACAGUUUCCUAUGUCAAGAUUAAGAGAGCACAGAUCAUCCUGUGAGACAGUUUCUCCACUACCUUUUGUCCCUGUUGCUCGUACCUCACAACCUAGGCCAGAGCUUAAAAAUCGAUCAACAUUCAGUUGUCCCUUUUGCUCCCAAAGUAACUUGGACAGUAAAGGAAUGUUAAAGCAUGUGAACAAUUAUCACAAAAAUGAGAGGCAAUCUGUGGUUUGUCCAAUCUGUGCCAGCAUGCCGUGGGGAAAUCCCAAUCAGAAGAGUGGUGAUUUUGUUCAACAUCUUAAUUUGCGGCAUAAAUUUGAAUAUGAUACAUAUGUGGACUUUAACAAUGACGAAGAUGCAAUUCUACAGCAAGUUUUGGCUCAGUCAGUUCGAGACAGAUGAUAACUUUUAAUUAAUGAUUUUCUUCCUUAAGUUCUUACUUUCAAUGGUGCCCUUAUCCUUCAAUUGUUUUUUAAUUAAUAAGGUAUUAAGAUGGAGUUGAGGAGAACCACCUAAAAAACAUUUCACUGUGUACUGUGAUCAUCCAGGUGUGAGUGGUUAGUAGUUCUGAGAAAGACAAGAAGAAACAGUCAACUCUGUUUGACAACUUCUGCAAAGUUGACAAAAUAUCAGUAACUAUGAUCAACACAAUCUGUCUCAGAGCUAUUCUCACCAAGAUGAUCAGACUACAUGAUCAACUUUCUUGUUACUAUAAUUGCAACCUAGGACUAUUACAGAUUCCAUGUUGUCGUGCAUCUGUUCAGUGAUAGACCACAUAUGAUGUCAAAUGUGGUAACAAGAAAAAACUGGCACACAAGGCACAGCCAAGUGUCACUGAAUGAUGUUCCUACCAUAUUUUGAUGUCAUGUGUGAUCUUUUACUGAACAAAUCCACAGCAACAUGGAAUACAUUUGUUUUGUAUGAUAAAUAGUCAAAAUUAAAUGUUGUCAGUAGUGAAUCAUCUAAUUAUGUGUCUGUCCUCUGGUGGAUCAAAUGUAGGAACCAAUCAAAAUACAUGUAUGAUUUAACCUAUCAUAUAUAUCACUGUGUUCAAUGUUGAAGAAAUCUUUAAAACACAGUCAACUUUCUGUUAACAGAUACUCAUGUAAGCAGACAGUUCUACUUAUGGACACUUUUUAAACUUUCCUUUUUGCCUCCCAGUCAAACUCUGUAUUUAUACAUUCCCAUAAGCGGACACUCCCUCAUAGGUGGACAUACACACUUAAAGAAUUGAAAAUUGGAUUUUCUUUUGUUUACACUCUCUUGUAAGGGGAUUCUCCAUGGAUAAUAAUUGACUCUUAGCAAUAUGAUUUGUCUUGACAUUGCAAAUCAACAAAAAUAUGAACUUUGACUCAGCAAUAUAGCAUCAGGGUCAGUUUUAUAAAAUCUUCAUUUGUGCACAGGAAAGCAAGCAAGCUCUCCUGUUAACCAACAUCCACCCUCUUUUCUUUGGAGUUCGCUUAUGGGAAUAAUUCUUGUAGGCAGACAGUUCUAUCAAUGAAUACUUUUCCUAAUUCCCUGAGGGUGUCUGCCUUGAGAGUUGAAUUUCUUUUGACAUUCAACUAUGCCAUCAGCAUACAUGUGCUGGUUUCACACUUGGUGUAUUGAAAAGGAAUAUUUGAGAAUGACAGGAAACAGGAUUAAACACAAUGGUUGGUCUGUGAUAGUAACAUGUUAAAAAAUUAAAACAAAAAAAAAACAAAGAAACCACAAAACUCCGUAAGUCUCUCAAUAGGUUGUUUUAGUAGAGAUUACUGGUAGUAUCCUUUAGAUCUGCUCAUAAAUUGCACCUAUUGCACCCGCAAGUCUCUCAAUAGGUUGUUUUAGUAGAGAUUACUGGUAGUAUCCUUUAGA